UAAAACAAAAAUCUCAAAAAGUAAUUGCUAAUUUUUGUUUGGAAAAUAACAAAUCAAGACAAAACCAAACGAACAAAAAUCGUAAUCAAAUUCAAAAUGAAAUGUGUUGAGCAACUAAAUCGAAUAAAAUAUUGAAAACAAAAAUUUAAUUAAAAUUUUGCUAAAAGCAAAAAAAAGAAACAAAUUUGUGUAUGGUUAAUGCAAAAAAAUAAAUUAAAGAAACAAAAUAACAAAAAAAAAAAAAAUACAAAAAAAACCCAACCUCGUCAUAGUUUACGACCACAACGAGGAGGAAUACGUACGUAAGAAAAAAAAUUCCAACGGUGCAGUGGCUUGUGAGUUAACGCGGCUCAAUACAAUUCGUUUAAGCGUCAGUGACUUCGUGCGGGAAAAGACAGAUUUCGUUAAACAAAACUAACAAAUAAUAUUUUGUUAAAUAUUUAUAAAUAUUUGUUGCACAGCAUUCUGAUCUGAGCUGAUCUAUUCUGAUCUAUUCUAUUGUAUUGUUAAUUUAAGUUACAAUUGUGAUAAAAAUAAUUUUAAAUAAUAAAAUCUAAAUAAGUCUGCCAUAUAUACAUACAUACCUACAUACAUACACAUAUAUAAUUUAACAAAAAAAAAUAAAUAAAAAAAGAGAAAGAAAUAAAUGUAAACAAGGACCAUUAAGUAUUUGCAAGUGAAAAUCACAACACAACAAAACAAAACAUAAAGAAAAAAGUGCCUUUGAAUUUAAUUCAAUUUAAUAUAAUUUAAUUUAUACCUAAAAAUAUUUAACAAAGUAUUUUAUAAAACAAAAACAAACGAGAGAAAGAGAAAAAUGAAAAAAUAAAUAAAAAAAUAGUGCAAAGAAUUGUGUUACCAUGAAAUAAAACGCUGCUAACUGUAAAAGAAACUCAAUAUCUUUGUUAUGGUUUCAUCAAGCUUACAUUUCUCAUGAUACAUCAUCAUGAUUUGAUUCAGUCCCAUCCAAUUCAUAUACAACAUAAAGAAUACAUACAUUAUUGACCUCUACUUUGGGUAAUGUAAUUUGAGACAAGUUGAGAACUAAAAGUGUGCCAUACCACCACCAAGGAUUCCAAAAACCGAAAGAAAACAGCCACAGAAUACAAAAGAACUAAACCAAUAAAUUUAUUGGAAAUAUCAAAUAUUCAACAUUCAUUCACAUUCGCAAAGGUCACAACGAACAACGAACACAAGCAAGCCGUCCUUUUGAAACUGAAAUAACUGAGAUUAAAGUGCCUUCUUUUUUAUAUUAGAAAUUAAAAUAAAAUUAUUAUACAUUUACAUUUACAUUCCAUAUACUACAUCUAUAAACACCUACACACUAACAUACAUAAAUACAUAUGUAUAAAGACGUAGCAGUUUAAUAUAUAAAUAACAAGCAUAAGUACAUCCAUAUACAUAUAUUUUUUUAUAUAUUCGCAUACAACUUUUACACCCCUCGAUAUCUUUUGAGAGCCAUAUUUAGACAUAUGAAAUAAAUGGGAUUAGAUCCUUAGCAGAGGUUGCUACAAAACUACGAGAGAAUAAUAGAGAGAAACAGAGAAACAAGUGCAAUUUUUUAAAUAAAACCUUUAAACUAGAAGAAAAAGAAGAAACUGUUUUAAUUUUGGUUCUAAGAAUCUAUUUGUCAUUUGGCAUAAGAUGUCAUCAUCGCCUGCUACAACUAGUGUAAUAACUGCAAACGAACUUGCUUUGACGGCGGCCCAGGCCAAUAUGCAUCAUCGUGGCGGACACAUGAAUGAAGCACCUCUGUCGCCGGCUCGUGCUAAUUCUGUUUCGGUGGCUGGAGCAACUGGCACAACGACGGGUAACAUAGUGGCAACAAGUAUGGCCAAUUCGAGUGCAGGCACGGGCAAUGGCUUGCCGCUGAUAUCGCCGAAUGCCAUGCAUCAUUCACCCGACAGUCCACAGCCGGAAUUGGCCACCAUGACAAAUGUGAAUGUUUUAGACUUGCACACAGAUUCUUCCAAACUGUACGAUAAGGAUGCCGUUUAUAUCUACGAAAGUCCAAAGGUUGUGAUGACGGGUGGGGGUCAGCAAGAUGAUCAUGUCAUUGAUGCUCGCAUGGUAGCUCAGCUGAAUCAGCAGCAGUCGGCUGUACAAACGGCUCAUGAGAACCAACCCCUGGCCAAGAUUGAGUUUGAUGAGAAUCAAAUAAUACGCGUUGUGGGACCAAACGGAGAGCAGCAACAGAUCAUUUCACGGGAAAUCAUAAAUGGCGAGCAUCACAUACUGUCACGCAAUGAGGCCGGUGAACACAUACUCACUCGUAUCGUUAGUGAUCCAUCGAAACUGAUGCCGAACGAUAAUGCUGUAGCUGCAGCAAUGUUUAAUCAGGCCCAGAAACUGGCCAAUGAGCACAACGUUUACCAGACCUCUCCAUUGGAUGCCUCUGUCCUUCAACACUACGACUCCGAGGCAGUGGUCAAAACUGAAGUUGACAUUUACGACGAACAAAAGAAACACAAUACCGGUCAAAUCAUCUACACAACAUCUGGUCAAGAUGAUGGCGGCGGCGGUGGAGGUGGCAACACGAAACAAUUGUCUCAUUUGCCCAUGGGUGCCAAACUGGACCCCGAUAUGUAUCCGUCAGAUAAACACAUUGAUUUAAUCUACAACGACGGCAACAAGACAGUAAUCUACACAACAACUUCGGAUCAGAAGGGCUUAGAAAUUUAUUCUGGCAGCGAUUUAAGCGGUUUGGUGGCUGAUGGUCAAGUCGUAGUACAAGGCGGUCUACAAUAUGCCGGACCCGGUGGUGCUGGGGGUCAACCCGUUUACAUUGUGGCAGAUGGUGCCUUGCCACCUGGUGUGGAAGGUCAUAUUCAAAGUGCUCCCAGUGCAAAGCUAAACGGUCAAACCACACCUCUUGAUGUGUCGAGCCUAUCGCAAAACGAGAUACAAGGCUUAUUGCUUGGCUCACACCCAUCAGCAACCACGGCUGCUGUGGCGGCUGCUGCCGCAAAUGUCACCACCACAACAACUCUGGCACAACAACAACAACAGCAGCAGCAACAGCAGCAACAACAUCAACAAUCAACCAUAGUUAGUGCAGCUGGUGGUGGUACAGGUACAGUGGUCAUAACAGCUGAUCAACAUCGCCAACAGGCCGCCACUACCACGAUAAACAUUAAACGGGAACCGGAAGAUUUGCGUAAAGAUCCUAAAAAUGGUACCGCUAGUAAUGGCUCUACAGCCAGUAGCGGACAAAAGGUUAUUGUAUUACAACAAUCACCAUCGCCCACACAAAUACAUAUCAAAGAACCGCCACUUAGUCCUGGAAGUCCAACAAAUCACACAGAAGCCAUGUACGCUGCCGGCGGCGGCACUCAAAUUUAUCUGCAGGGUCCUCAUCAAAACUCAGCAGCUGGACCUGGCAGCAAUGUGAACACUCAAACACCCAGUCCAGGCCCAUAUAUUGGAGCCGAUGGUUAUGGCAUGUACACAACUAGUCGCUUGACAACAGCUCCAACCACCACAUUCAUUUCGGAACCCUACUAUCGUGAAUAUUUUACAACAGAUGGCCAAGGUUAUGCACCCACCCGCACCAUAUACGGCGACAGUGAAGGCCCCCAUCCGGGCACAACAUAUGAAGGACGUUUCACUACCACAACCACCAACAGUGGCAUACCACCUCCCCACCCAUCGACGAAUGUAGCGAAAAACAACAACGGCACCCCCAUCUAUGCAAAGACAGUAACCGCUGCUGGCCUAACAGUCGACUUACCUAGUCCGGACUCCGGCAUAGGAGCUGAUGCUAUAACGCCCCGUGAUCAAAACAAUAUACAACAGUCCUUCGAUUAUACGGAACUCUGUCAGCCUGGCUCAUUGCUGGAUAACAACGGCGGUAUUCCUGUUUCGGUUAAUAGCAUACAACGUGGUGCUGUCAGCGUCCAUGGUGGUCAGAAUAGUCCCACAACCUCCUUAGGUGGCACCAGUGCUAAUGGUAGUGCCACACGUUCCCGGCCGUGGCACGACUUUGGUCGACAAAAUGAUGCUGAUAAAAUACAAAUACCAAAAAUAUUCACAAAUGUUGGUUUCAGAUAUCAUCUAGAGUCGCCAAUAAGUUCAUCCCAAAGACGAGAAGAUGAUCGAAUAACCUACAUAAACAAGGGUCAAUUUUAUGGGAUCACCUUGGAAUAUAUACCCGAUCCCGAUAAGCCCAUCAAAAAUACAACAGUUAAGAGUGUGAUUAUGUUAAUGUUCCGUGAAGAGAAAUCUCCUGAAGAUGAAAUUAAAGCCUGGCAAUUUUGGCACAGUCGACAACAUUCUGUCAAACAACGAAUCCUAGAUGCAGAUACCAAGAACUCAGUGGGUCUAGUUGGCUGUAUUGAGGAAGUCUCCCACAAUGCCAUAGCAGUCUAUUGGAAUCCUUUAGAAAGCUCUGCCAAGAUAAAUAUCGCCGUGCAAUGUUUAAGUACAGAUUUCAGCAGUCAAAAGGGUGUGAAGGGUUUACCUCUGCAUGUACAAAUUGAUACAUUUGAAGAUCCACGUGAUGCCCAAGUCUUCCAUCGAGGCUACUGUCAAAUUAAAGUAUUCUGCGAUAAGGGUGCCGAACGUAAAACCCGUGAUGAGGAACGUCGUGCUGCUAAACGUAAAAUGACAGCUACGGGACGUAAAAAAUUAGAUGAACUUUAUCAUCCGGUUACAGAUCGUUCAGAGUUUUAUACAAUGCAGGAUCUUACCAAGCCGCCGGUAUUAUUUUCACCAGCCGACGAUUUGGAUAAGGUAAGAUUUCCAAUGCAUUCAAAUACUACUACUAGCACAUUGUCUACUACUACUUCCUCCACAACAUCUGUUAUAAUACAACCAUCAAAUCAUACUACUACUACUACCAAUACAACUUCUCCACAACAUUUAACAACUCUAACCACACAAUAUCAUGACGUGUAUCAUAAUAAUAACAAUACGUUUGGUAAUUCUUCGCAGGGCUUCUAUGGCCAUGAGUCUGAUGGAGCGCCAGAUUUAAAAGGUGCCUCACCAUUCCUCUUGCAUGGACAAAAGGUAGCCACACCAACACUCAAAUUUCACAAUCAUUUUCCGCCCGACAUGCAGACUGACAAAAAAGAUCACAUUUUGGAUCAAGGUUUAGCCAUGGGUGAAUUCGGUCCUCCUUUGAAGCGCGGCCGCAUGACACCACCCACCAGUGAACGGGUCAUGUUGUAUGUGAGACAAGAAAAUGAAGAUGUUUACACCCCCCUACAUGUUGUGCCACCCACCACCAUCGGCCUCUUGAAUGCGAUUGAAAAUAAAUAUAAAAUAUCGACAACGAGUAUAAAUAAUAUUUAUCGAACAAAUAAAAAGGGGAUUACAGCGAAAAUUGAUGAUGACAUGAUUUCGUAUUAUUGCAACGAAGACAUUUUCUUAUUAGAGGUGCAACAACUGGAGGAAGAGUUAUAUGAUAUUACGUUAACGGAAUUGCCAAAUCACUGAUGGCAAAUCAAACCACCACCCUUAUUAAGAGACUUGUUAAAGCAGCAUUUUUUCAUUUAAAUAAUGAAUGAUGAGGAAAAUUUAAAAUAAAGGAUAAAAGGAAUCUAAUCUAAUCUAAUUUUAUCUGAAGAAUUGAUGAAUGAAUGGAUGGAUGAAUGAUAUUCUUUUGUGUAUAUAGCCAUAAAAAUAGUAGUAAUAACAACAACAAUAAUAAUGAUAACAAUAAUAAUGAUAAUGAUAAUCAUAUCAACUUAACAAAUCAACGAUUAAUUAACAAAUGUACAACAAUUGGAGGGAUGCAGCCGCUUGCUGGAACACGCUCACACACAGACCUACAAACACUGACGGACUCAAAGUUAAUGCACAAAUAAUCUAAAGGUUACAAUAAAUAAUAAAUAUAAACUACAACAAUAAUAACAAAAACAACAACAACAACAACAAGUAAAUUAUACAAACAAACAAAAUACUUAUACAUACAUACAUACUUAGCUAUUAAGUAAAUAAGUAAAGAAAUAAGUAAAAUUAAUUAAAUCAUUAAACAAAAUAUUUAUAAAUGAGAUUUUUUUUUUUAUUACACACUUAUUAUUAUUAUUAUUAUUACUUUUAAUGUUUUAUAUAUAUAUAAAUAUACAUUUUUUUAUUUUUAAUAUUAUUGUCUACAAUUUAAACAAGCGAACAAAAAGUGAACAAUUUAAAUUAAAUUUAAACAAAAUUCUACAUAAGAAAAUACAAUAUAUCCAUACAUACAUACAUACUUACAAAUGUAUGUAUGUGUUUAUUAGUUUUUUUAAAUACAUAAUUUUUUAUUAUUAUUUUUUAAAUGUUUUUGUAAUGACCCAUUCUAUAAGUGCCAAUAGUAUCAUGAUUCAUAAACAUACUACUUAUUACUUACAAAUAAAAAAAAAUGCUCUUGCUAUUAAAUACAUAAUUUGAUGAACUUAUAAAUUUAAACUAAAAACACACAUACUUGAAUACUUUCCAAAAGUACUACUCAGUCUAUAUAUGUAUUUCAUAAAUGGACCUAAAUUUUAAUAACUAAACACAACAUCAAGUCCAUUUCAUUUUCUUUUCUAUUUUUUUUUUUUUAAUUUUUGACUUGGGUAGUAAGCGUACAAUAAAAUACUCUUAAUUUUGUAAUACUUUAAAUAUAAUUUUUUAUAUAUAAAAUAGCUGCUAAUGAAAAAAAUUGUUAUUGUUUUAAAAAAAAAGAAACAAGUUGUUUAAGAUUUAAAAAAAUAUGUUUUUCAUAAAGAUUCAAUACGAUAAGAUUGCAUUGAAUUUUUCCAAGAGUAAGAGAUUUUCUUUUUUAAACUCUAUUACUCCCUUCUAAACCUAACUCUACUUAUUUCAAUAUAUAUAUAUGUAUAUAUAUGUACAUAUAAGCAUAUUACGAUAUAUACAGCAAACUUAGUUAUUAAAUCCUUUUUUUAACGUUUUUCCAUCUGUGUUUCUUUUUUAUAUUUUUAUCUUUAUCAAAAAUAAAACAUUUUUAAACCUUAAAAAAA